CAACAACUUAUACGACAACUACAACAAGCACCUCAAAAACUAGUACGACAACUACAACAACCGGCACGACAACAACAACAACAACAACAACGAGUACCACAGAAACAACAGCUGCUGCAACAACGGUGACAACAAGGACCUCAACUACUAGUACAACAAAUAGUUCAACAACCAGUGCGACCACUACAACAACAACAAUGACUACCACAAGAACAACAACUACCACAACAACGGCGACAACAACAACUAAAGUGACAACGACCACCAGAACAACUACGAUGAUUACGACAAGUAAGUGAC